AUGUUCAAGCUACAAAAUUCAUUAAAGAAAACCAAUAAUUUCACAAGUAGCUCCUCAAAAACAGAAGAUUUUCAAUAUGAUGUUGACAUAAACUCUCUAAUACUUUAAAUAUGGACCUCUAUAGGUUAUGGCCUUCAUACUAUGCAGAUUCGAGCACAUAUUUAAAGAUGUCUGGCAAGGUUAAAAAAUUUCGGAGCCUAGCCGACCUACGCAUUCAGAGUUGGAUUUUACUUCGAGGGAGAUUGGAGGUCCAGAGUUGGAAACUAGAAGCCAAAAAAGGUCUAUAGGUGAUACCUAAACAAUCGGGCGAAUCCCUAGUGCAACCGGUGUUAUGCCUUACGCUUUGAACUUUUUCCCUUUCGCCAAAAGUCGGCAAGAAAUUUUUUUUUGGGAUUUUUGUAUGGAAAACCUUCGAGAAACCCAAUCAGCAGCUGCGGAAGUCCAUAAUCCUCCUACUCAACACUGGAGCUAAGAGGCAAGGAGGAGGCGUAAAAAGGAGGAGCAUACACGUCGGAUGUCCAUAGCGUCAGGGGCAGAAGCAGAAGUGAGAUAGUGUCGAUCCUUUUCUUGUUGAGAGUCAUCCCAAUCCAAAUCCAGCUUAGUCGUCGGCGUCGCAAAGCGGAUGAACCCUUAUGGAUCCUUGUUGACUGCGUUACCAAUAGACAGAAAUCACUCUACAAUUAAGAUUAAGAUUAAGAUUAAGAUAUAAACCCUCCAGAGUUUUACGAAGACCAAACAAUUGACUCUAGUUAUUUUUCCUAUAAGAAAAGUCUUACUGUAAAUUUUCCCGAGCAACUAAAACAGCUUAGAAAAUCUCAAAUAACUGAAGAAAUUGACGUGCUUUGUGUUAAUUGCUAUGAGUGUAUCCCCCUAAGUCUAGUAGAUACUCAUUCCAAAUAUUGCAUUUCUCCACAAUGUGAAGAUGAAGACACAGAAUCUUCAUAUAUAAAUAACCGAAUUAAGAAGAUAAUUGACUCCAUAGACUCAAAAAUCGAAAAAAGUUCAAAUGAAGAUAUCCUUGAUCAGCUAAAAGAAGUUGCUGUUACUUCGCUAGACUCUUCUGCAAAUCCUUAUGCUUUAUUAAGCAAGCUUGAUGGGAUGAUAAAUUCUGUUUCUCUCCAAAAAGAUGGGAUUUCUAACACAAUUAUUGCAAAAAGACUAUCAAAUCUUAUAGAACUUAAAUCUCCAUUUUAUAAUUCUAGGCUUAGUGAAGCAGAAAAGUAUUUGAAGUAUUAUAAAGAAGAGCCGAAUUUCCAAGAAAAAGAAGCAAAUCGAUGAAUGUAUAGGUCAGAAAUUUUGAUGAAGCUGAAAGAAGACUCAUUCCCCAGCAGGUUUUAUGAUAUAUCUAGCGAUGUAGGGUCAGAUGUAGAAGUGCUCAGCAUAUCUUUUUCGACUGGAUAUUCCGAGUUUUCUGAUGUGGAUAAUUUUGAAGAUGAAGAAAAGGUGAGGGAAAAUAUUUCAAGCGAGCAACUGAAAAAACACUUUUAUUCAAUAUGUCUUAAGAAGAAGCACCAGAUUUCUAAUAGCCAUAAGGCUAACAUGAUUUCUGAAUCAGAGCUAUAUAUGAGAUGCAUAGAUGAAAAUAUACCUGUCAGCAAGUGGGAAGAGUUUAUUGUUGAGCAAAUUGGAUAA